AACAAUUUCAUUCCACUUUUGCAAAUAAAAAAAAAAAAUCUAUGCAUCAUGUUAACAUGUAAAAUGAGCACCCAAAAAACCUAGACGAGAUUUUACUUUUAACAUUAUAAGGUUACCUUUUUUUCAAGGGAAGCAUGGAUGACUUCUAAUUUCCAACUUCUAGAUAAGUCGAAAUAUGGGCAUUGGCCCAAUUGGGCACAACCACGGACAUGCGCUGUCAAUUUUGCCAUUAUUUCAUAUCAUUUCAGCUGUCAAUUUCCAAAAUUAAUUGAUGACCUCUCUGAGGUUGAACAUGGACAUCAGUGUGUCUAGAUGCAUAUUCAAUCAAUUGCUCUGCUCCAAAACUCAAAUCUAUAAAUUCCCACCAGACUCUGCCCCCAACUUCAUCCACUCAUUUAAAUUCUCUCUUAUUUAUCAUAGUCAUGGCUGGCAUACCCUCAGAAAUGAAGGCAUGGGUCUAUUCUGAGUAUGGAAACUCUGUUGAUGUUCUCAAACUUGAUUCAGCUUUGCCUCUUCCUCAAGUUCAGGAUGACCAAGUGUUGGUCAGAGUUGUUGCUGCAGCCCUCAACCCUGUUGAUUUCAAGAGAAUGCUUGGAUAUUUCAAAGCAAUUGAUUCUUCUCCCCCAACUGUUCGAGGCUAUGAUGUUGCUGGAGUGGUGGUGAAGGUGGGCAGCCAAGUGAAAAAAUUCAAGGAAGGGGAUGAAGUAUAUGGGGAUAUAAAUGAGAACGCUGUGCAUAAGCCCAAAAAGAUUGGCUCUUUGGCAGAGUACACUGCUGUGGAAGAGAAUGUACUGGCACUCAAACCCAACAAUUUGAGUUUCGUCGAAGCUGCCAGCCUUCCUCUUGCCGUUGAAACAGCCUACGGAGGGCUAGAGCAAUCUGGGUUCUCCUUGGGCAAAUCCAUUCUUGUUCUGGGAGGUGCUGGAGGAGUUGGAACCCAGGUUAUCCAGCUAGCAAAGCAUGUUUUUGGAGCAUCCAAAGUAGCAGCUACUUCCAGCACAGGAAAACUGGACUUGCUAAGGAGCUUGGGUGCUGAUUUGGCCAUUGAUUACACCAAGGAAAACUUCGAAGACCUGCCAGAGAAAUUUGAUGUUGUCUAUGAUGCAGUUGGGGAGGUUGAGAGGGCAGUGAAGGCAGUAAAAGAUGGGGGGAAAGUUGUUGGAAUUGUGAGGCCAGUGGAAGGAGCUGCACCAGCACCAGCAUUCCUUUUUUAUGUGCUCACAUCUGACGGAGCCAUCUUAGAGAAGCUGAAACCUUACUUGGAAAGUGGGAAGCUGAAGCCAGUGAUUGACCCCAAAAGCCCAUUUCCAUUCUCCAAGACUGUUGAAGCAUUUUCCUAUCUUCAAACCAACAGGGCAACUGGAAAAGUGGUAGUUCAUCCAAUCCCUUGAGAGGGAGAGUAGUCGUAAAAAUGUUUGAUAUUACAUAUGGCUUCUCACAUGUUUUUUUCGUUUGGAUAUAACAUAUGUUAUGGCUUGUAAUAAUAUUAUAAUGAGAGGAAGCAUAUGCUCAUUGCACGCA